AUGCCCGUCUGGCGCUCAAUGUCCGCCAAACCCAUGAUCAAAAUCGUCACGGAACCGCCCUCGACAGGCUUAACAUAUACAACAUGUUCGGCUAUUAAUGGGACUGUCGACUUAUGUGCCCACGAAGAUCUUACUCUCAAAGAUGUUCGCAUUUCGCUCAUCGGCUGCGGAAGAAGAUCCCUUGAAGUUGGACGAAACGGCAGCCGAUCCUCUGACGAGUGGAUUUUUUUGAGUCUUCAUAUGCCUAUAGACGGCCAAGCUCUCGAAACGUGCUGUAACGUACCCGCUAGGCAACAGCGGCCUAUCCCAUUUCACUUCCGUGUGCCUCGACAACUUCCGACUGGUACAUGUAAUCACACAAAGAUUGCGCCCUGCCUUCAGGAUCAACACCUCUGUUUACCUCCGACGAUAUGCAGCGAGGGUGCAGAUGCCAUGUGCCCUGAUCUUAUCAGCAUCGGCUACUACAUUGAAGUUGUCAUCGAAACCGACACUACGGUCACACCCUCAAGGUCAAUUCUGCCACAGGACCAUCGCUUUCGAGAGCGGCUCGAAGUUACUAUCCUGCCUACUUUUCCAGAAGAGGCACCGUUGGAUCUGGAGUCGCAUUCCACCACAUUCAUGCCGCGCGCGACUUUAUCUUUGAAACGACACAUACUGGGUCGAACCCUCGGCCAUGUGGAGGCCAAUGCUUACCAGCCCAACGCGAUCAUGUUGAAGGCUAACGGAGGCGCACCCUCCACUUCUUCUGUUCACAUUGGCUUAGCCUUUAGCCCGCAUUCGGAGACUGUUUCCAUACCGCACGUCGAGCGUGUGUGUGGGGAUCUCGUUUCGAACACGUACUUUGGACCUCGUGUGCUGCAUGAGUGGCCGCAGCGACUACCCGAAGCUCAACACACGAUUGACCCUCUACUCAACUACAAAGUUACCACGCCAAUCAUCAACUAUGCGCCUGGAGAGCUCAAUUGGACGGAAGGCUCAGUUUUGAUGGCCGUUUCAAGAACUUGUUACAGAACAAGCUUGGAAAUCCCCUUUGGUGUGCAUCAUGUUAGGAACAAGCGGUUCAUGCCCACUUUUCAUUGUUGUCUGUUCUCUAGGACCUAUACACUUGUACUCAAGAUUGCUUUUUCAGGUGGUCAAAGCAUCAGGGUGACAGUCCCCCUGCAAGUUGGGGUCGAAGACUCAAUGACGCAGGAGUCACUCGAUCCUCAGGGGGCAAGGCCACCAGAUUACUAA